AUGGCCGGAAUGUCAACUGACCAGGACACUGGUUGUAAUGGCGUCAAACACGGUCUACCUCGUCCCACAACCACCUCACACAUCACAACCAACGACAACAACAAUAGCAUUACCUUCGCAACAAUCGCAACGAACAAUACAACUACAACGACGGCCAUUAACGAGAACCGGUACUACGAUGAAGCCCAAAAGAUCUUCUACCCUCUCACAGGCAUCCGUCCACUCACCCCUGGCUACAUGGACCUCGCCCACCAACCACCUGUAAAACUCGACACGCCCAAGAAGCUGCUCGUCAUUCUCGACCUCAACGGAACUCUUUUCUACAGCGCUGAUAACAGCUGCAAGAACCGCACCUACAUCAAGCGACCUUACUUUGUGGAGCUUCUCCGUUUCCUCUACGCGAACUGUCGGGUCAUGAUCUGGUCAAGCGCCACGCGCCAAAGAGUUUCAACGAUGAUGAAGGGCGGUGGUUUCAUAGGCGUCGAAAAGAUGGACCGUGUCUGGAACCGGGAGCACUUGCAACUUCGCUUCAAAGAUUUCCACCGCAAGGUUUUGACGCUCAAGGAUUUGGAGUUUGUCUGGAGGGCUAUCGAGACUGAGCGAUCUGAGGCAAAACCGGAACAGUUAUCGGCGGGCGGACGAUACGAGUUUUGCUAUGACCAGACCAACACCGUUCUCAUCGACGACUCUCCACACAAAACGCAGCUCCAGCCACACAACUGCAUGAUCGUCCCGGACUUCGACCAAACCCGAGUGCAGCGCGGUGACCAGGAGUUGCUCAAGGUCAUUCAUUACCUCAACGACCUGCUUUACCAGGACAAUGCGAGUGCUUACAUGCGGGCAAGUCCCUUCGAUACAAAUAGCGCCUUCUACCUUUCUCAGGGGUUCCGCGACAAAGCUACUGCCUUGACAGCUACUAUGAAGCGCGUGCUGAGGAAGGACAAAAGGCGCGAAGCAAGGAAAGUUGCUCUUGAGAUGGCACGGGCGGAGAAAAUUGCUGGGGUUGCUUCCGAUCGAAAACUCAAGAAGGCUCAGGACGCAGGGUUGGAGAGACCCCCUGAUGCCCGGAAGGUUGAGGUAGCCCGGACAGCAGAUAUGUUUCGAGUGGCUAAGAUGACCGAGGCAGGCCAGAUACCUUUGGAAUCUCGGAAGACUGUUCAUCUCACGUCUCCGGAUUGGGUGGUCCCAGAUUGGACGCAGCAGAUCGCUUUCGAGAACAUGAAGAAGGAUGGGAUCGGCUGCGAGGCGAACAAGAGAGUCAGCGAUAGCGAGGACCACUGCACCAAUCACGCCACCAUUGCCAACGCCACCAAGCAAUGGGGUGGGUCCGAUCCGCAGGAAGAAGAGGUCACAGAGCAACCACUCCAAGACGUGCUUGCGGAUAACCUGGAACUGGCCGAACUGCGAGUUCGCGCCAUGAGCAUGAUGCGGCAGGCGCAGCAAGUCAGAGAGGGAUGA